CAGGCUCCCCGCUCUUGGUGCAGGUACAUACCCUCACACCUGCCAACCUCAGGCCCCUGCUGCAGUUGCAGGGACUUAACUUUCCUCUGGUCCUCUCUCUAGGAUCUAUUCUAUUUCAGACCUUGUUCACCAAGUCUCCUGUCCCAGGACCACUUUACAGCCAAACCCUUGACCCGAGUUGCACAAGGCUCCGCCUCCCAGCCCCGCCUUUCGGGAUAGGCCUGCUGGUUGCCACAGGCCUGCCCCGCCCCUAUUAUCCCGCCUCUGCCCAGCCCAGCCCUCCUCCUCCCUGAAGAAUGCCUGGGCACUGAGACCCGCCGCCCUACCAGGGCCCUCUCCCGCUGGUCCGCCAGGCCCCGCCUUUUUUGCGACCGCCGUUAUGCUGCUGGACCCGACGAGCGGGGUUGACGGUGAACCCCACGUAGACGCGGCCCCGAUGCCGAGGGUUCAGACAGUAGAGCAAGUAGACACCGAAGAAACGCUCCGGUCUCGCUUCGCUCCCUGCGGGGCCCAUCUGGACUUUGUAGGUCAGGGGCCGAAGCUGGGGGUGAGUUCUGUAACCUAGAAUCACAGGGAGGGCUGGGUAGCUAGGACUACAAGAUACUUGUUUCGGCGAUAGCGAGGCACCUUUGAGCCCGCCACAGUGCAGGUUCGUGCACCGUCUCCCGCCUGGAUCUAGGUGCCAACACCCGGCUACAAAACCCAGACCUCUGUGCUGACUGCUAGAGCCAACCAAUGACCGUGCGCUCGGGCAAGGUUGGUCGUCCUGCAGACUCUGAUUGGCUAACAGAUGGUAAGCGCGGAUCUUGACAGUUCGCACAUCCUGCUUGCCUGAGGGCGGAAGUGCUCCGUUUAAGGACGCCCUACUGAGGGCGGAAGUAGAUGUCCUAGCGGAAGUGGCUCCACUAAGGGCGGAACGCACCGUGGCCGGUCCUAGGUGGGUUUCUGUCCCCGCUGGGCUGCCGCAAUGGAACUCAGCGCAGACUACCUCCGGGAGAAGCUGCAGCGGGACCUGGAGGCAGAGCACGUGGAAGUGGAGGACACGACUCCCGGCCGUUGCGCGACCAGCUUCCGAGUCCUAGUGGUAUCGGCUAAGUUCGAAGGGAAACCACUGCUUCACAGACACCGCAACGUGGCCCAGGACCCCAUGGAGCGUAGAACCUCGGGGACACUACCCGUCUUUUGGGUCACCCUAGCUUCGGGGACAGCCACCCAGGCGUCAGUCUGCCAUUUCUCAACUCCACGUCUCAACCCAGGCUGGUGAAUGCGUCCCUAUCAGAAGAGCUCCCGCACAUCCAUGCCUUUGAGCAGAAAACCUUGACUCCAGACCAGUGGGCCCGUGAGCAGCAGAAAUGAGGGACUGAGGCCUGCGCAGCCAUUAAAUGACAAAUCAGGGCCAGCUUCUGUGUCUGUGUGUUGUGUGUGGCAGGGGCACUGAGGCUGAGUGUACUGCUUGGCUUCUCUCUGCCUUUCUUCUAUUCAAAUUCCUCUCCCCAUGUAACCUUCCGUGUCCAGCUUGUAAAAUGAAAGUUUUGUCCUUAAGUCCCUUCCAGGGUCUGCCUUGCAAACCUUUCUUGUAGGCCCCUAGGAGUCUGUAGUGCCACUCCCCACCUAAUCCCAGAGAGCUGGGGGCUCCUGCUUGAUGCCCACCUUCCAGUUACAGAGAUGAUGCCAGCGUGAUAGUACAUGCCUGUAAUCCUACAUACUGAGAAGGCUGAGGCAGGAGAAUUUCAAGUUCAAGGGCAGCCUGGUCCACUUAGUGAGACCCUGUGUGGAAAUAAAAUCAAGGCUGGGAAUAUGCUCAGUGCCUAUCUAGCAUGUGGAAAGCCCUUGGUUCAAUCCCUAGUUCUGCAAAAAAUAAUAGUAAUAAUGCAGAGAUGAGUUUUCAGGAUUUGAGAACCUUAAUGAGCUGAACAAAACUUUCUCUCCCCAGCAUCACCCCAGUACCAGAAGCAUGAUAAAGAAUUCCCCUGCAAGUCCCCUCAACCCUUCACAAACCUCAGGGGACAUGGGAAUAAGCCCCGACUUUUCACCAACUGGUGUGCUGAUGUUUUUUGGCCCUUUUCUGGAAGAAGGCCCAGUAGCUUCAUAACCUUGGACUUAAUGUGUUCACAGGUGCCCCUGUGAGAACCAUGAAUUUUCAGAAACAUGGGAUGUGUGUAGGACAUAGGUAUAGAGUUAGAGCAGGAAAAUAAGGCUGUCCUAAGGCACAAAAUUGAGGAAGGUCAUCUGUAUCAGUCUUAACCAUGGGUUGGCAGGACCUUGUACAGAGUUCUCUGAGACUCAAGAGGGACAGCAAGUGACCCAUUUGAACCCAAGGCUCUUUGAGAAUGAGAAAUGAGAUGUUUUAGCCAUCACACCCACUCUGUUACCAUGUGCUUUUGAAGCUGGUUUUUUAGUCCCUUUAGCCCUUCCUCUCUUGCUCCCCUCUGGGAGAGAAUGGGCUGGUGAAGCUGCGAGUCAUGGUGGUUACAGAUCCUUCUAGAUUUGAGGGACCAUUUCCUGAAGAGUUUUAAGUUCCCCUGAAUCAGAACUAGUGAGUGAGUCUACUUAUGAGACUGCCCAUCAUUCCCAUAAUACAGGAGAGAUGCAGAGAAGGAGCGUCACUCCUUUAAGAGGCCCAACCUGCAGCCAUGGUAGGAUCUACCACUGCAUUUGCCCAGCUGAGAUGGUUGCCCUUCCAAGAUGCUCACCUGAGACCUGGAGAGGUGACUUGAGCAGGGUCACCUCUGAAGACCUGAGUAUGCAGACAGGGACAUUUGUACAUUGGUCCCCAGCAUUCUCUACCCUGAUAGCUUUCUUCUGUGGCAUGCUGACAACAUGGGGGCUGGGAAUGAGCUUUUGUUGCCCUUACGGGAUAUGAACCAGGGCCUGCUAUAGCCAAGACACCAUCCCAUACAGCCCUGUGUUGUCCCAGUUCAGGGGGGUCACCCACUUAGUUGGGCUUCUAAACCUAUUCCCAAGCCCCCUUUUUUUAUUUUGUGUGUCUUUGCAGUACUAGGGAUUGAAUCCAGGGACACUUUACCACUGCUUUCAUUCCCAGGCCUUUUUAUUUCUUGUUUUGGGAU